CACAUCACCUCGCUUCUCCCACGACGCUCUGCUCCUGCCAUGACUGCGGACCAGGCUUGAGCACCAGCCAUACCGUGUAGCACACUGGCAAAGCCCCACACAUUCACCAACCAUGGCUUCACGCCGAGCUGGGGCAGCCACCGCUAGCGCCAGCGCAAUCUCCUCGGCAGGAGGUGGGGGGAUGGCCUCCAACUCCAUACUGCCCUCCCCCAACGACCCUCGUGCCAUCGAACAGGACAGAUUCUUACAAGACCUCGAAGACGAGAAUCCUGAGCUGGCAGUACAGACUGCUAGCCAGACGCCCGUGUACCCAGUCCUGCAGCUCCUUCGCCAGGACAUCAAGUCACUCAUCGACACCAGCCUCUCCUGGGAAGAUCUCACUGGCCAUGAGCUCAACUUUGCACUCGUACGACCCCUCGCCCUCAAGUAUUCUAAGCUACGCUCACCCGCAAUCUUGUACGCUCUUCUAUUCACACGCAUUCACUUUCUGCGAGAAAGCGAGCGUGACCUAGCCUACCGAACAGUAAACGAGACCCGAGCAGCACUGUGUGAGCUCCUGGCCACCAAGCUGCUUCGAACCUUCGCCACGGAUGGCAUGGAGCUUGUCACUGCCCUCGCCGCACCCUUCUGGCCUUGGCAAGGCGCAGACGAAGCAACACUGGCAGCAGCCAAAGCCAGAGGCCUUGGCGGCGACGAUGCCAACUCGGAAGCCACCUCCACACUGGAAUACGCCAUUCAGUCAUCUGCUAAGAAAUUCGUGGCAACACCACUCGUACAGAAGGUCGUCGACGGAAUCUGGAACGGCAAUGUUGUGUUGGGAAACGCUGGCAGCAAACAUGCCCUGGUAGACGACUCUUGGAAGAAAAGACCCGUGACCCUCUACGAUCCACUCACGUCACCCCUCCUGGAUCACAGAAGGCUACGUGUCCCCCGCAUCAGAGCCUUCCUAGAGGCGAUGAACUUCAUCUGCAUCCUGGUAUUGUACGCUUGGUGCUUAGGAUCUAAGGAUACAAUGACUUUUGCCAUCUCUGAAGCCCUCUUUACAAUUUGGCUGGUGGGCUUGGCGAUCGAUGAGCUGGCUUCGCUACAGGAACAUGGCUUCUCGGUCUAUCUCGGCGGUAGCUUCUUCAACGUCCUCGAUGCUCUCUUCUGUACCGUCGGCUUUACGUGGCUCGGCAUCAGGAUUUAUAGCCUGGUGACAGGUGAUACAGUGGCCAGCAAGACAGCAUUCGAUAUACUGUCCCUUGGAGCCAUUGUCCUAUGUCCCAGACUAGCCUCUCUGCUCGUCGCCGACAACGUACUGUUGCUCUCCCUUCGCGCAAUGAUAAAGGAAUUCUUCUACUUCCUGGCCCUCGCCCUGGUCUUCUUCUUGGGCUUCACGGCGACGUUCUAUCUUCUUGCAGAAGGCGACGAAUGGAGCAUCGGGACAAUCAGCUGGCUCCUUUUGAGGUUCACAUACGGAACGACUAUCUCUUUGCCAGAGGCUCAAGCUUUCACCGAAACUUUUGGGCCGCUUCUAGUUGUCUCGUUUACGAUCUUAGCGCAGACGCUGCUCUUGACGAUUCUGAUCUCCCUCCUAUCUUCAACAUUCGCCAAUGUCGCCUCUCAUGCACAGGAGGUCAGUCUAUACCAGCACGCAUGCGUCGCCCUCUCUGCUUCCUCUUCGGACGCAGUCUUCAGCUAUGUGCCACCCACAAAUGUCAUCUGCCUCCUCAUCGUAUAUCCGGCUUCUUUCUUCUUGACGCCGCGAUGGCUACACAAGGUCAAUGUCUGGCUCAUCAGAGCUACGCAUUUGCCAGUGCUGUUGGCCAUACGCGUGCUGCAGCAGUACCAGUGGAAGAAGGGGAUCGAACUGGCUACUGAGAAGAGCGGUCGGAUCCUCGACAAUUGGGGUUGGAAGACGCAGAGAGGCCAACCCGAUGUGAUUGAGUCUGUCUUCCACGACCUUUACGACCAGUCGGCCAUACCCGAGGAGCUUUCGAAUCUCUUUCCGACUUCAAAGCCCAUCUCCAAGACUUAUUCACACCCUUGGCUCCACUCGACGGACACUCAGCACAGCCAUCCUCACCAGAUGUACCACCACUCUGCCGAUGAUACCUUUGAGAUGCCAAGGGGAGAGACGCCUCUGCCACGUGGACGCGUUGCCGUCCCCAGAAAGGGGCGCGACGGAAGUGUCGCAUGGGGCGCGAACAGAAGUUCGACUUGGAAAGAUCUUGCAUCGAAGAGCAAGGAUAACGAGCAUAGAGAAACGCUGCCAGAGGCCGAUGGACCACAGCCUGGUCAUGACCACUCGCCAUCCGCUUCGUCGCCGACGAAGAAAAAGAAGCAGCCCGAAGGCGGGCACGCCAGAGGGUCCUCAUUCUCCAAGAUCCUCAGCGGUAGCCACAGCACCAGUGCCAGCAACAAGCGCUCAGGCUCUACCUCUCCCGAUGUCAGUCCCAGCACCAGUCCCAGGAGAAGGUACAUGCUCCUAGGUAGGCACCGCAAGGGCGCUAGUGAGCAAAAGAGUCGCGAGCAGGGCGGCGCGUCCAUCGACUCGAUCCUGCACGAAGGCGAAGAGGAUGAUCCUAAUGGAGAAGAGGGCGCUGAACCAAGAGCAGGAGACAACAAUCCACAGAGUAUGGUAGACGAAGCUGAAGCCGAUGCGCAAGAAGGCGGCGGCGGCGGCGGCGGUGCUGCUGCUGCUGCCUCUCCUCCCCCUCCUCUGGCCGAUCAGUCCGGGUCCCUCGGAGAACUCCUCGAUCGACGUGGCUCCGCCUCGGGCUCCGUCGCUGCUGGCGGCGGAGGGGCCGAGGGUGCGGGCGAGAGCGACCGGCCGGGCGGGACGGCGGACAUCCUCAUGCGUCUUCUAGAGAGGCUGGACGAUCAGGCGCAGGCCGUUGAGAGGCUUGAAGGGUUGUUGAAGCAGACCAUUAAGGAUCAGAAGAAGUCGAAGAGAAGUGGUAGUGGUGGUGAUGCCGGCGGUGGUCAGGAAGAUGACGAUGAUGAUCCUGAGGAAGGUGAGGAGGGAAAGAGCACGAAGAAGGACAAGGGGAAAGCAAAGUGAUACUAUACCCUACCAAGUCGAGUCGGACCGAGCCGAAACGCACGAAUCAAACACGAUACUACCUUACCACGAUCGAGUCCAGGAAGAGCCGGAGUUCUCAAAUGAAGCAAAGGUCGUUGAUGAUCGUCGAGCAUGUACAUAGUAGAACCACUCCAGUCAGCGUCACCUUCAUCUAUCUUUUGUCUCUUCGAUUGGCUCUGGCUCCUCCAGCGACUGUAUGACAUUGUCGAAAUCUUUCUACAUGAGACAGUGUAGCCACCAUCACUGCUGAGAGACGACCUCUGCACUUCUCGCGUACGGAUCAGGUACCGCCCUCGGCUUAGCCUCGCCUCCACCACCUCCUGCUGCCCCUCCUCCUUCUGGCAAAGCAGGCCUGGUACCAAUCCUCCUUCCUUCUUUCCAAACACAGCCCAAAAUCCUACCCAGCUCACCUCCAAACAUUUCACCACAUCUC